GGAAAGUCCUGCCAGUGUACUUGUGCAUUCUACAUAUCGUCUACGUUCAUCCCAUCUCUCAGCAAUUGGCUUGUUCUACGUCUUCUCUGGUGUGCUUAUCAUCGAGGAGCUGCACAGAACUAACUGCUGAAACGACAUCAUGCGCGUUAUAAUCACAGGUGCCUCUGGCAUCCUCGGGUCCGCCGUCUACAAAGCCUACAAAGCUGCUGGUCAUGAAGUUCUUGGACUCGCGAACUCGCGCCCGACGGGGGAGCUCAAGAAGCUUGACUUGCUCGAUUCCGCGGAGGUGGAGCGGGUAUUCAUGGGGUUCAAGCCUGACUGGGUGAUCCACUGCGCUGCAGAGCGCAGGCCGGAUGUCGCAGAGAAGAAUCCAGAGGGCGCACAGCAGCUCAACGUCGGCGUCCCGGAGCACCUCGCCAAAACCGCGAAAGCGCUCAAGUUCACGCUCGUCUACAUCUCCACGGACUACCGUGACGGUGAGCUCGCGGUACUCGGUGUCGUGGACGCACGCGCAAUCGUCCUCCGGGUGCCCGUCCUCUACGGUCCCGCACCCAACAACGCGGAUACUGCCGUGAACAUCUUGCUAGACGUCGUCGCGGACCAGAGCGGGAAGCAAUACAAGAUGGACCACUACGCGACGCGUUAUCCGACGUGUGUCGUCGACAUCGCCGAUUUCCUCGUUCGGCUGUCCUCACUGCCCGCCUCGAAGGCUAUCCCGCCGAUCCUACACUACUCUGCCAGCGAGCCGUUCACCAAGUACGAGAUGUGUCUGAUAUUGUCCCGUCUCCUCGGCGUGCCUCAUAGUCACAUUAUCCCGGAUGCUGAGGCCCCGACGGGAGACGCUGCUACUACGCGGCCACGAGACUGCCAGCUGUACACGCGCGAGACAGAGGACCUCAUGGAGGGCCAAGGCGGGCUUGGCUGGACCCCAUUCGAGGAGUGGUGGCAAGAGUAUUGAAGACCAAACAGUGAAGCGAAUCGCGCAUGAAGCGAGGAGGCAACAGAAGCAGAUCUCACGAGACGACAUAUGUAGGAUUCACUAGCCAGAGAAGAGCGGGGACAAGAAUGUACUGUAUUGCGAUGUUCUGACUCG